ACCAACACACACGACAACAUGAGACCAUUGAUGUUAAAAGGGCACGAGCGUUCCUUGACGCAAGUCAAGUACAACAAGGAGGGUGAUUUGAUCUUCUCCGUUGCAAAGGAUAAGGUUGCCUCGAUCUGGUACUCCUCCAACGGUGAGCGUGUCGGGACCUUGGGUGGUGUCGGCAAUCCAGACUCUCACAUCGGUACCAUCUGGUCGAUUGACGUGGAUAUCAAGACCAACUACGCUGUCACCGGUUCCGCCGACUUCAGCGCCAAGUUGUGGAGGGUGCAAGGUGGUGCGUGCUUGCACACCUGGAAGACCAACACUCCGGUCAGAAGAGUUGCCUUCUCCCCAGACAACUCCAAAUUGAUCGUGGUGACGGCUGAGACCAUGGGUUUCAAGGGUGCCAUUUCCGUCUACCCAAUCAACUACACAUCCACCGACCAGUCCGACGAGCCGCUCUUGACCAUCGAAACCAGAGAGGGCGCCUCUGUCGUGACCGUGGCUGGCUGGGCUUACAACGGCAAGUACAUCAUUGCCGGGCACAAUGAUGGUACCGUCUCUAAGUACGAUGCCGAAACCGGUGAGUUCUUGGCUGAUGUCAGACCGCACGAGUUGAACAUUACCGAUUUACAGUUUGCGGACGACUUGACCUACUUCCUCGUCUCUUCCAAGGACAAGUCUGCCUCUUUGAUCGAUGUGGAUACUUUGACCGUCCGCAAGGUCUUUGAGGCCGACGCCCCAAUGAACUCUGCUGCGUUCACCCCAGUCAAGGACUUUGUUAUCUUGGGCGGUGGGCAGGAAGCCAGAGACGUCACAACCACCUCAUCCAGACAGGGUAAGUUCGAGGCCAGAUUCUUCCACAAGAUUUUCCAGGACGAGAUUGGCCGUGUCAAGGGCCAUUUCGGGCCGUUGAACUACGUCGCCGUGCAUCCAGCCGGCACCAGUUACGCCAGUGGGGGUGAGGAUGGUUACAUCAGAGUCCACCACUUCGAGAAGAGCUACUUCGACUUCAAGUACGAUGUCGAGAGAACCGCCGAGGCUCAACACCAAAAAAUCUCCGCCUAACCGCCUUUUCUUCUAUCCAACAUGUUGGACUUAUCUUUGGUUUCUAGUUUAUAUCAGGAAUG